AUGGAGAUCACCGACGAUUUCAUAAAAUCUCUUGAGCGAGCAGUGAAGCAGUACCGUAUUCGUGUAUAUAGACUUGGAGUAGAUUACUGUCGUGUAUGUGUCGAUGCACCGUCGUUCGCACGCCUUCUCGAAGUCAUGGGGAUCUUUGAGUUGUCCAUCGUUCAUACGGUGACAGUUUGCAGUUCUUUCACUCUAGAUCUCGCUGAAUUACCAUCCAUCAAAAAGCUCGAACGAUUUGGAAUUCUCCUACCUACAGAAAUCAAUGACAAAUAUCUUUUGGAAUCCAAAAAUGAAUGGUUAGCAGUUUGUGGUACUAAUGUCAGCCAUGCUGCAAUCAACCAGUAUAUCAAGGAGUGGAUCGAAGGCAAACGAAUGUUUGAGUACUUAGCAUUGGAGCUACCAAAAGCAAUAGAUUCUGCUGAAAUUCUGUCCGAUAUUGACUUCUAUAUCGAGAACAACAAUAACAAUAUCCUGAUUGCGAACAAGAACGGUGAUCGACGAAGCGUAGGCAUCAUCGACAGAUGCAUACAAAUCUACAGUGACAUAGCAAUUUUCAUGAUUGAACAGCAUAUGCAGCACACGAAGUAG